CAUGCACAUUUGUUAACGUAAAAACCGUUGCUUAACUUCGAUCCAACUUUUUUAGAAUAUUUUCUGUAGUAGGAACAGGAAUACACAAUCUCUGAAAAUUUCAUCAUCCUAGCAUUUCCCCAACUAUGUUUCGGUCGGCUUCCAGACUAUACGGAUUCAGCUAAGUACCAGUGUUUUACAAGGAGCAACUGCCUAUCUGACCUCAACACAGUUACCUAGGCAACACGAUACCACUUCGUCAGACUUACGAGCACCUGACUACCCUUAACGACUGUCAAAGAUGUCGAAACACGGAGGAACUCGUCGAUGGUCACCCAUCGACGGACCGACAGCAUCAAGUAUAGCUGAACCUGUGAUCGAUCAACUUGUUUAGCCACGAACGUGUCCGUUAACUCGUAGUAACUGUUAUAUUUAUUGAUUAUCAGUACUCAUAAGAGCAGACAGUAUAAGUCAAGUAUUUUUGCCACUUGAGCAGAUAUCAGUACCUAUCGAUGAUAUUUAUAACUGUGCGGGACAGCGUGAACAGUUUAAGAGAAAAAGUGUAAACAAUGAACAGUAUUUGUGAUUAGUGUUAUAUGAUUAGGUUUAAGUAUAGUUUAAGUCAAAUUAGAGUCUGAUUAGAUUAUUGUUUGUUUAGUAUACUCCGGCCUCCUAUUGGAAAACAUUCCAGUAACAGCGACCAAUAGGAGAGCCGGAAUUAAUUAAAGUUUAUAUGAAAAUUGUGAAUAUUUGUAAGAUAGGAAUAUUGUAAAAAUAAUAUUUUUCUCAUAUUAUAGGCUAAGUAAGGAUUCAGAAAAUGUAUAGUUAACAUACUAUUGUAAUUCAUUUUUAAAUAGAAAAUAGCAUUUUAAGUAAACGGCUCUCGGUGUGGUAAAGUAUCGUCGUACUUAACCUUAAGGAAAAAACCGCGCGCGGGCCCCGCCCCCGCUCUUAUUGGUCGAAAAGCGAGCGAUCUUAUUGGUCGGCCAAUGGGAGCGGGGGAAUUUCGGGGCCCGAAUUUGUAUAAAAUGCGGCCCACACCGAGAGUCGACACAUUCGGCGGCAACACAGCAAGAAGAGCGGACCAACAGGAAGAAAUAGGAAGCCCUCGAAGACUUCAGCAACAGCGACGCCCCGGAUACUACGAAGGAGCCCCGAGACAUCAGCGAAGCCCUACAGGACAUCAACGGAGCCCUACGAAAUAGUCGACGUAAACAAACUGCGUUUGUUUACGUUUUGUAUCCUCUGUUUGAGCGUCAAUAAAUUGAGUUUGGUGUUUAUACAAGGGCCUUCUCAUUUUCCACCAAUCCGGCACCCCCAAUAGUUGUGCUCGCGCGGUGUCUCUUGCUGUAAAGUUGGAGCCCGUGCGACACAUUUAAUGGUCCUUCGAGCCGGAUACGUGGAAUUGAGUUGGCCUUUCGAACAUCGAACUUAAUUACAGAUCGAGUUGUGAAGACCGAAGAAUAGAAGACAGAAGCGCCAUGCCCGUCACACGCUCCGAGGGAAAGGGCCGCAAGGUCGCAACACAACAGAAGCCAUCAUCCGAGGACACCGCUACGACCUCGGGGACCGGCAACAGCGCCGAGACUGCGAUCGAUUCUACAGCCACAGGGACUACCGCCACGGAAACUACAGAGUAUACAUCCGCCUCCGUGACGACAGCCACCACGCAGUCAUCGGCAACCACCGCGACCUCCGGCACCGCCGCCACCUCGGGCGCCACCGCGACCGCCGGCACCACCGCCGCGGCCGCAACAGCAACCAACGCGCCUACGGUCUCGGACUCCGCUGCUACCACGCUGCCCGCUCACGCCGUCAAGAAGACGAACAUGAACCCCCCGCGGGGGGGGGUAACCGCCGGUGUCAACAAAAACAGAACAGAAGCAUCUACAGUCAAGCGGAACAGGAAGGAUGCAACCGGCCCACAUGAAACAGGUGGACCGACCUCCCCGCGCGCCCCCAGCAAGAGGGGGGGAGGGGGGGGAUCAACACACAGCAAGAAGGCGCAGCGGAUAGCAAAGGCCAAAGAAGAACUCCUGCGCCUACAGGUCGAGCUCGCGGCGGCGAAGCUGGCCGCCUUGGAGACUGAAGACACAGAAGAUGAAGAUGAAGAAGGCGACGUCUCUAUCACCGAGGUGAACGAGAAGGUGUCCAAUUGGCUCGACACCAACAAGAACACAGCAGAGGAGGACGCGACGCCACAGCAGAAGACUCAGCAGCCCGCGCAGCCAGCACCGGCGGGAGGUCCAGCGGACUUCUCGCAGCUGGCUGAAGCAAUAACGUUCGCGGUCAAGGCCGCUCAGCGACCGAAGUUCAUUGAACUUCCGAUCUUCAGCGGUGCACAUCAAGAAUGGCUGCCCUUCCGCGCGGCCUACUAUGAGACAGCGUCGUCGUACUCUCCUAUAGAAAACACGAACAGGCUUAGAAGAAACCUCAAAGGAAGAGCCAGGGAAGCCGUGGAGGGCCUGCUCAUCACCAGCGCAGCUCCGGAAGAAGUUAUGAAGACAUUGGAGUCAAGGUUCGGGCGACCAGAAGCAAUAGCGAUGGUGGAGAUGGAGGCGCUCCGGGGACUCCCACGCCUCACGGAAUCGCCACGAGAUAUAUGCAUCUUCUCAACGAAGGUCUCCAACAUCGUCGCUACAUUGAAGACUCUCAGCUGUUUGAACUACCUAUAUAACCCGGAGAUAUGCAAAUCUCUGGUGGACAAGUUAACCCCAACACUCAAGUACAGGUAUUUUGACUACGCCGCCAGCCAACAGAAAAGUGAACCCGAUCUCGUCAAGAUGGAAAGAUUUCUCAGAAGGGAAGCUGAACUCUGCGGUCCAUAUGCGCUACCUGAACAGGUAGCAGCGCCACCUACAGUUAGAAGACCGCAGAGAGUCAACAACGUGCAAACGUAUACACCGAAGUGUCCAGCAUGCGACGAGACGGGACACAACACGCAAGACUGUGCAGAGUUCAAGAAGAAGGACAACAGCGGAAGAUGGGACCUAGCCAAGGCAAGGAAGUUGUGCUUUCGCUGUCUGCGUUACAGAAACAAAACCCAUAGUUGCAAGCCCAAGCCCUGUGGGAUAGAUAACUGCAAGUAUUUUCACAACAGGUUACUUCAUUUUGAAAGAAACACAGAGAAGAUUCCUACAGAAGAACAGGACAAAGAAGUAAUCAACUCUGCGUGGACAGCAAAAAGAAAACAGUCUUACUUGAAGAUCGUGCCGCUGAAGGUGAAGGGGCCCAAAGGAGUCGUGGACACCUUCGCUCUGCUGGACGACGGGUCGACAGUAACAUUAAUAGACGAAGAGGUCGCCAAGGAGAUAGGUGCCACAGGACCCGUCGACCCCCUACGUAUAGAAACUAUCAACGAGUUGAAGACGUCAGAAGCUGCGUCAAGAAGAGUCACCUUCCGAUUAAAGGGUAUGAAUGGUCACGAAGAGCGAGUUCAAGCCAGAACAGUUAAGAACCUGCAGGUCUCAUCACAGAAGGUGUCCAGGGAAGUGGUUCAAGAUUGCAAGCACCUGACGGACUUGAUAGGACACCUGACGUACGACCAAGCCAAGCCACGACUACUGAUCGGACAGGACAACUGGCAUCUUCUGGUGACCACAAGGAUAAGAAGAGGCGAUCAUCACCAACCAGUGGCCUCCCUCACGCCGCUGGGUUGGGUCCUGCACGGAAGCCAAACCAGGACAAUGAAGCACGCGAUCGACUAUAUAUCGCAUAUCACAGAAGAAUCACCAGAAGAUGACCUAGAAGCCAUGGUCAAGAAGUACUUCGAAAUGGACUCUUUAUGCAUCGUCCCGAAGAAGCCCACAACAGAUCCAGAACAGCAAGCUCUCCGAGUCCUAGAGAAGACAACGAGAAGAAUAGGAGAAGGAAGAUACGAAACGGGCCUCUUAUGGAAACAAGAAGACAUCUCGUUUCCCGACAAUUACUGCAACGCCGUGAAGAGGCUCGAAAAUAUAGAGAGAAAAUUAGAUCGCGACCCGAAGCUUAAACAGAAGUAUAAUGAACAGAUGGAAGCACUCGUCGCCAAAGGCUACGCCGAACGUGCUCCUGCAGACAAGAACCCCAAGAAGACAUGGUACUUACCACACUUCGCUGUCAUCAAUCCAAUGAAGCCAGAGAAACUCAGAGUGGUACACGACGCCGCCGCCAAGACAAGAGGGGUGGCGCUCAACGACAUGCUGCUGAAGGGACCUGACCUGAUGCAGUCGCUGCCUGGAGUCGUCAUGCGUUUCCGACAACAUCAAAUAGCAGUCACGGCGGACAUUAAAGAAAUGUUCAUGCAAGUGAAACUUCGAGAAGCUGACAGAGACUCCCUGCGAUACGUGUGGAGGGGCAACAGAAGAGACGACCAGCCUCCAGAAGAGUACAGAAUGACGUCUCUGAUCUUCGGCGCGUCGAGCUCACCGUCAACAGCCAUAUAUGUCAAGAACUUGAACGCCAAAGAACACGAAGCCACACACCCCGAGGCUGCAGCAGCGAUCAUAGAGAAGCACUACGUAGACGACUACUUAGACAGCUUCAAGAGUCUAGAGGACGCAGUACGUAUAGCUAAGGGAGUUCGAGAUAUACACGCAAAGGCCUGCUUCGAACUCAAACAGUGGAAGUCCAACUCAACCCUGCUACUCCAAGAGCUGGGAGAGGAGGAGCUCAUAGAAGAUAUGGAACUCUACAAGACAGAAGAGAAAACAGAACGAGUACUAGGAGUCAUCUGGAAGUUGAACACUGACGAGCUGACCUUCAACCUCAACUUAGCUCGCGUUCCGACAACGCUACUGGAGGGAGAAACACCUACGAAGAGAGAAGCCUUGCGGAUAGUAAUGUCACUGUUCGACCCACUCGGCUUCGCGUCUCCUGUCACCAUACGGGCGAAGCAGCUCCUGCAGGAAGUGUGGCGCAGAGGAACGGCGUGGGACGACCCUAUAGACGAAGAUCUCGCGGAGCAAUGGACGACCUGGCUGACUCACCUACAGAAGCUACGAGACGUGAAGAUACCGAGGCGAUACCUGAACUACAGCGACGCUGCCUCGACACAGCUUCACAUCUUCACCGACGCCAGCGAGUCAGCAUAUUCUGCGGUCCUGUAUUGGAGAACGAAAACUCCUGACGGCGAGGUCAAGCUCUCUCUCAUCGUCGCCAAGGCGAAGGUGGCACCGUUGAAGCUAACGUCGAUCCCGAGGUUGGAGCUUCAAGCUGCAGUUAUGGGCACCAGACUGGCAGACUCAGUCAUAGAAGAGCACGAGAGGAAACCUGACUGCAAGGUGUUCUGGACCGACAGUAAGACAGUACUCACCUGGAUCAGGACAGGGUCACGCACCUACAAACCAUACGUGGCUCAUCGGCUUGCUGCUAUAGAAGAAAGUACCAAAGUUAACGAGUGGCGCUGGGUUCCGACGAAGCUGAACGUAGCGGACGACGCGACACGAGACGUCCCGCUCACCUUCGACAAGGAUCACAGAUGGUACAAGGGACCCGACUUCUUGUACGAAGAAGAGGACCAGUGGCCAGUCGAGACAGAUACUAAGAAGAUCGAAGACACUUCUGGGGAAGAGAAGGUGAACCACGUAGCGAAUAAAAGAGAACUUAGAUUAACAGAAGGGCUACCCGAAGCCUCACGCUUCUCUAACUGGCACCGGCUUCGAUAUACUACAGCGCGAGUUCUUCUAUUCAUUGAACUCUGCAGAAGAAAUAAAGAAAGCGUAAAUUACAGAAGGACUAAGAAAAACAAAGAACAGGAUCCAAACUGGAAUAAGAUAGCAAGAAAAACGUCAAGCACUAAUGAAACACAGAAGAAAACAACAACAAAGAUAAAUAGAAAAUUCCUUCCAGUCUCUGCCGAGAACCUCAAGCAGGCGGAGGAGUUGCUGAUGCGUGCUUCUCAAGAAGAGUCGUUCGCAGAAGAAAUAGCCAACCUAAGGAGUGGGAAACCGGUCAACAAGGAAAGCAGACUACAUCAACUCAGCGUCACGUGUGUGGAUGGUGCCCUCCGGCUUAGAAGUCGCAUAAAAGCCGUCAAAUACAUGCCAGAAGACUUCAAGAGCCCCAUGAUAAUAGACGGAGACCAUCCUAUAGUUAAGACAUGGAUACGAGCGAUACACCAACAGCUACAUCACGCAGGAGUAGAAGCGACAGUGAACGAGUGUAGACAACAGUACUGGGUGUUACGCCUGCGCCCUACAACGCGCUCAGUACUGCGACAGUGUUUGUUCUGCAGAAUGAAGACAGGGACUCCGCCACAUCCACGAACAGGUGAUCUACCACAGUGUCGUUUGGCUCAUCACAAAAGGCCAUUCACCUACACUGGGGUGGACUACUUCGGCCCGCUAUCUGUAACAGUUGGAAGAACGCGACAGAAACGCUACGUCGCGAUAUUUACCUGCCUCACUACGCGAGCCAUCCAUCUCGAAAUUGCAGGCUCACUCAGCACCGACUCAGCAGUGAUGGCAGUCCGAAGAAUGAUCUCUCGACGCGGCUGCCCUACAGAAAUAUGGUCGGACAACGGCACCAACCUAAAGGGAGCUGAAAAGGAACUUCGACAACAAAUAGAUGAAGCGACGGCGGAAGAAGCUGCAAAGAGAACCAUCGCUUGGCGUUUCAUACCUCCUGGCGCACCGUUCAUGGGAGGAGCAUGGGAACGAAUGGUCCGGUCAGUCAAGACGGCGCUCGCCGCCACUCUGCACGAGCGACACCCUACAGAAGAGGUGUUAUCCACACUACUAGCCGAGGUGGAGUACACCGUGAACAGCAGGCCACUGACCCACGUUUCAGUGAGCCCCGAAGAUCCAGAAGCCCUGACGCCGAAUCACUUCCUCCUAGGAGGACAGGGUCGAGUACCGCUGCCUGGAAGUUUCACCGACAAGGACGUAGCUUCGAGAUCCAGCUGGCGAGCAGCCCAAAGGCUCGCUGACUUAUUCUGGACGCGCUGGGUGAGAGAGUACUUACCCGAGCUUCAACACCGGCGGGAGCCGCACGGACGGGGCCCAGCUGUGCAGGUCAACGACCUCGUACAAAUAGUCGACGCCAACCUGCCCCGUAACGUGUGGGUCAGAGGAAGGGUCAUCGACACGUACCCCGGCCCAGAUGGAGUCGUCAGAGCAGUGGACAUCCGGACAAAAGGAGGAGUUCUACGUCGACCAGUGAGGAAGCUGGUGAUCCUGCCCCUGCACGACGACGGACCCGCACACGGAGGAGAUGCAACAUCGUCGCACGGCGGGAGAGAUGUGCGGGACAGCGUGAACAGUUUAAGAGAAAAAGUGUAAACAAUGAACAGUAUUUGUGAUUAGUGUUAUAUGAUUAGGUUUAAGUAUAGUUUAAGUCAAAUUAGAGUCUGAUUAGAUUAUUGUUUGUUUAGUAUACUCCGGCCUCCUAUUGGAAAACAUUCCAGUAACAGCGACCAAUAGGAGAGCCGGAAUUAAUUAAAGUUUAUAUGAAAAUUGUGAAUAUUUGUAAGAUAGGAAUAUUGUAAAAAUAAUAUUUUUCUCAUAUUAUAGGCUAAGUAAGGAUUCAGAAAAUGUAUAGUUAACAUACUAUUGUAAUUCAUUUUUAAAUAGAAAAUAGCAUUUUAAGUAAACGGCUCUCGGUGUGGUAAAGUAUCGUCGUACUUAACCUUAAGGAAAAAACCGCGCGCGGGCCCCGCCCCCGCUCUUAUUGGUCGAAAAGCGAGCGAUCUUAUUGGUCGGCCAAUGGGAGCGGGGGAAUUUCGGGGCCCGAAUUUGUAUAAAAUGCGGCCCACACCGAGAGUCGACACAUUCGGCGGCAACACAGCAAGAAGAGCGGACCAACAGGAAGAAAUAGGAAGCCCUCGAAGACUUCAGCAACAGCGACGCCCCGGAUACUACGAAGGAGCCCCGAGACAUCAGCGAAGCCCUACAGGACAUCAACGGAGCCCUACGAAAUAGUCGACGUAAACAAACUGCGUUUGUUUACGUUUUGUAUCCUCUGUUUGAGCGUCAAUAAAUUGAGUUUGGUGUUUAUA